CGGGCUCGGGUACACAUUUAACAUUCCAUCGAAACAGGAAGCAAAACAGAACAAAACAGAACUGCUGUUGUUUUUGUGUGAAUUUUGAUAUAUAAUAUGGGAGGAUCACAGAGUGUCUUCACUGAACAAGAACUUACUGACUAUCAGGAGCUGACAUACUUUACAAAGAAAGAAAUAUUGCAUGUAUUCAAAAGAUUCCAGGACCUUGAUCAAACCAGAGUAAGCAGUAAUAAAAAUGCCAAGCUUUCCAGGGAAACCAUCCUUAACCUUCCAGAAUUAAUGGUUAACCCAUUUAAUGACAGAAUUACCACUGUCUUUUCAUCCUCGGGAGAUGGAAGUAUGACUUUUGAGGAUUUCCUUGACAUGAUGUCAGUGUUCAGUGAUAAUGCACCCAAAAAUGUCAAAGUGGAAUAUGCUUUCAGGAUAUAUGACUUUGAUGAAGAUGAGGUCAUCAGUGGCAAAGACUUAAGGGAGGUAAUUAACAGACUAACAGGAGAGCAGAAAUUGACUGAUGAAGAAAUGGAACAACUUAUCCAAAAUAUUUUGGAGGAGGCUGAUUUGGAUGAUGACGAUUCCCUCUCGUUUGCUGAAUUUGAACAUGUCAUCUCAAAGGCUCCUGAUUUCAUUAAUUCAUUUAGAAUCAGGUUGUGAAAAAAUAACAGACAAACAAACAAUCCAGCUGCUGACUGUGAUACACCAAAAACACCCACUGUCUGAAAGACUUUGUUUAGUCCAUACAUGGUUGUGAACAUUGUUAAAAUUUAAAUCCCUUAAAAUUGUUAUUAUUUUUAUUAUUUCUCAUCAUGUCAGAUCUUUUAUAGUAAUUCAUUUUUAUUGUAGAUUGUAUAUUUACUAUCUACUCCUAAUAUUUUUAUGUCAUGUUUGUCUGUGUCCUAAGAUUAAAUCUUUCUUAUCUCAGUGCAAUGCAUAUUAUUACCUGUUUCAUUAUAUCAUAUUUUUAAACUGACCAAUAUGAAGGGGCACAAUGCAUAAAUCAGCAUUAUACUUUAUAUGUUUAAAGAAUAAUUGUUUUCUGUUGAUCAUUUUUUAACCUACUUUUGUAUGAACAUGUUUAUUCUUUCUUAUUGUCAGCUCUGUCAAUCUGUGUAAAAUGUAUUAUUCAGUUUUAUUGCUAAUACUUUAAACUCAGUACGUAUAGAUCUUAAAGAUAAAAAAGAUAACACCUUUUUGUAGAAUACUGCCAUAUAAUUGUGUGAAUUAUUUUUUUUAAAUACAACUUCAAAACUACAGAACAUAUUUGUUGACUUUUAAAGAUAGGUUAUAGAAGAGGUUUUGCAAGGGUAAAAGACAUUUUUUUGAUUUUGAAAUUCCAUUCAUAUAGCUGUGUUCAUAUUUUAUUUUAUACAUUUCCCUUCUUGUUUUUCAUUUUCUCUUUACCUUUAGUGGUGCUGGGUUUGUCAAGUUACUCAGAUAAUUGAAAAAAAUAUGACUUUCUUGAAUGCACAUUCUUUCCUUUGAAUGUUAUUGUUCAGACAAAUAAAUUGAUUGCCUCAUAAAGAA